CCAAGCUUGACAAUCGAUCUCCAUCCACCACUGCUAUUAGCUUCCAAUCUCAUCGAAAUUUCAUCAACCAAAAUGAAGAGUGAUAUACCUGUUUCUAUUAUUCAUUUCUGGUAUCACAUUUCUGAAAUUUUGAGAGAAAUUAAGUUUUUAGGGCUUUUAGGUCAAGUAGAAGACCUAAUUUCAGGAAAAAUUAGUCUUGUUUUUCGCCCAAACAGGAAAUCUUCGAAGGCAAUGACUGCUGUUACAUUGAAUUACUUUGCAAACUUGAUCCAGCUGUUAAAGAAGCAUUUGAUGUUCCGUAUGGAAACGUAUAUGCACUCCGUUUUUGCACAAAAGGCUCCCCCUGUGAAAGUUCAGAACAUGAAAGUUAUUAGAUGCAAGCGAGUAUCAAGGUGCAUUACUUCUAUGGGUUGACAUUUUGUUUGUUCUGCACCAGCCUGCACAGAUUGCAGGAUGCGAAAUUGUUUUUCUGGCUACUCCCCCAAAAAAGUUGGCAGCAUCUGUGAGUUGUCAAAGACUGAGGUUGAUAGCCUCGCCCUCGUAUUGAUUUCUCUUCCAUUUUUAGUACGGUCUAACCCAUUGUUGAUGAUGGAUGCAAUCGAGGCGAUGCCACUGUUACAGAGUCUCAUUUCUGAAAGCUUUUCUUGUCUAUGUUGGAGUUCAAUGUUGGCUAAGUAUAUAUUUUAGAUUGUCGUUUGGUAUGGGUGCAGCUCGAUCCAGCCGUUAAAGAGGCAUUUGAUUUUCCCAAAAGGCUCUCCUGGUGAAAGUCAGGAACACGAAUUAACGUGCAAUCUUUGUCUGGGUCCCCCGCCAAUUUACAAGCCUACACAGCACUGUUGAAGCCCCAUGAGAGAACUAUGGCACUUGACCUUCCACAUGGUGGGCAUCUUUCCCAUGGGUAUCAGACUGACACCAAAGAGAUAUCUGCCGUAUCUGUAUUUUGUGAGAGCACUGGUUACAUUGAUUAUGAUCAGGUAAUAAAAUUUGAAAGCUAUUGCUCAGCUUGUUCAAAUAUGAUUAUCGGUUUAAUAGUUUCUUUUAUUUGUUCUGGAGAAAAUCGCUACACUCUUCAGGCCAAAACCGUUAGUUGCUGGUGCAAGUGCUUAUUCACGCUUCUACGAUUAUGCACGCAUUCUCCAGUACUUUAAGUAUUUUAUGAGAGCACUGUACCAGUUGAUAAUACUCGCUAAUCCGCAGUGGUAUCAUUUUGUCGAUGGGAUAGAAUAAGAAUAAUUUAAGGUCCAAGUUUUUAUUUCCCUUUGCCUUACCUGUAUAUUUAUGAUCUGCCUCUUUUUAAGGUUUGUUUUCCCUUUCUCAUCCUUCCUAUUUUUACAUUUUUGUCAAUUUAAACAGUAUCAAAAUCUAACUGUGCAUUUCAUCCAGGAAUUGUUGAUUUUGGUCUUUUUAACCAAUUUUGUGCUAAUUUAACUACUUGUUCGCAUUUGUUAGCACAUUGUCAUAAGUUGGAUACCAGCUGUUAGACCAUCCACAGCGGUGUGAAUUCAUAUCUUUUACGCUAUAAUUCACGCUUACCAAAUUUGACAAUCAAUAUAGCAUAUGGUAUAAGCAAUGAACUGGAUAAGACCAUCUUUGUCAGCUACAGAUUGUUGAAUCUGUCUUGGAAAAUUCAAUGAUCUCUGCUAAUUAGGCCUUAUGUCAGCCUUGUGUCGUCAGAAAAAACAGUAAGGGUUGAGUUUCAUUUCAUUCACGAAAAUGAGAAACGAGGUACAUGACGAUGAUGAGCCAAUUCUGAGAUUGAACGGAGAAGAGGAGGAAGAUGCAGAUAUUGAUCUAGAUGGUGGAAAAACGGAGGCGAGAAUUUUUAACAAGCAGUUUGCACCAUUGGAAGAGUGCCCAUUUAAGGCGUUGCUGGAGCUCAAGGGUAUUGGAGCUAACGAAGGCAGAUUAGGCGUCGAUCUUGUGACCAUCUUAGAUAUCAGUGGUAGCAUGAGUACACUAACUGAGGAGCAGAAAAAGAAGAAUGAGGCACCUAAAUUAGUAAAAAUGCAACUUGCAAUGCAGUUUUUGGUCAAGAAACUUAGCCGAGUUGAUCGUUUGUCGGUCGUCACUUUCAAUAGAAAGGCCGAGAAACUAUGCCCACUACGCCAGAUAACUGAAGAUUCUAAAAAGGAAAUUAUAGAUCAAGUCAAUGAUUUAAAAGCUAAAUCCACCACAAACACUGAAGCUGGCCUUAAACUGGCCUUAAAAAUACUGAAAGACCGCACUCGCACCAAAAACCGUAGUGUGGCUAUCAUGCUUAUGACUGAUGGGAUAGAAGAUGCGGAAAGUGAAGCUAUCAGUGUCCCACUCGGCAAUGUGCCCGUAUACACAUUCGCUUUUGGUGCUGAUCAAUGUGAUCCCGAGGUGCUUAGUGCAAUUGCCAAGAAAAGCAAUGGAGGGACAUUUUCACCUGUUCCAGACUUGGAUGAUCUGAGUGUUGCAUUCUCCACUGCUUUGGCCGGGCUUCUCAACGUGUCUAUUGAGGAUCUGACUUUGACGGUCGCACCACUGAAUAGGUCCCAUCUCAACGAAGUGAAUGCUGGAAAUUACCCAAAAACAAAGCAGGCCACCGUAAUGGAGCCUGUAACUGUUACAUUCAGGUCAUUAUACGACAGAGAAACCCGCAAGGUCCUUGCGUUACUAACUCUCCCAAAGGUUGAUGCAAGAAAGGGCAUCCAAACUUACCGACUGGUUUACAAGUACAGGGUUAAUGGGAAAAAUGAAUAUGAUUCUGAUACGCGAGAUAUAAAUGUGACCCGCACUGAUAAACAAACAGAUGAAGAGAGACCGGAGGUGCUAGCUGAAGAAAAGCGUAUCAAAACUGCAAGUUCCAUAACAGCAGCCAGAAUAUUGGCCGACAAAAAGAAGCUUGAUGAGGCUAGGGCAGAGCUGAUUGCUGCUGGUAAAUCAUUUACACAGAUUGAUGCCAUACUUAAGUCUCAGGUGGACCACCUCAUUCUUCUCAUGGUGUCCCAAGAAACCUAUGACGAACAAGGGAGUGCUUAUGCACGUGCCCUUGAGGCUUCUCAUGAAUCCCAACGUGCCACAGCUCUCCCUGCUGGUGUUAAGAGUGGGUUCGAAAUUCCCCUUGUCGGCGAAUUCAACAAACAAGCUAAAGCUCAUAGUUUGGAUCCCGACAAUUAUGUAGUGCCCACACCGGAGGAAGAUAAGAAAGCCGUCGCUCCUCCAACCGUAGAGGUGGAUGAACCUAUCCUUGAUUUAGCACACCGCCUUGCCGAAAUACUCAAAACUCUAGACUCACAGGCACCAACCAAACAGGUGGAUCUUGCUAAGGUUCAGGAAAUUUCUGCUUUGUCCCAAGGGCUUGCUGAAAAACUAAAAGAACUAGACUCACAGGCUCCAUCAUCGUCCAGCUAAAUACAUCAAAGUCCUUGUCUCACACAUGGAUCGGCUUCAUUUUUUACAACUCUCUUUUAUAUUAUGAUAUCUUCGUAUUGUCGAGUGUUAUUUAAUAAUUUAUGCAUUUAUGUUCUUAUCAUUUCCGUCUGAAUUGCUUUUAUGUUUCCUUUAAAAAGUUGCUUUUAAGUUCGCAAUAAAAUGUGGAGAUGUUGGGUCUCUUGGGAU